CGUGAAAGAGCUCAUCAAGACAUCUUGUUCCCCCACAAAACACAACUCGAGACAUCUUUUCCAGCACAGAAAUUCCGUUGUGACCAAAGAUGGAAGUUUCUAUUCACCGCAAUACCCUGUCAUUCGUCCUCUUUUUCUUCCUCCCAGCAGCCCUGCUUCUGGUCGCUGAAGCCUGCAACGUUGUAGACAAAGACGCAUUACUCCAGUUCAAGCACAAGAUCACCUCGGACCCUUCAAGACUCUUGCAUUCCUGGAAAUCAUCCUCCGAUUGCUGCACAGCUUGGGAAGGUGUGGGAUGCGAUUCUUCCGGUAGAGUUGUCAACAUCUCUCGUCCAGGACUCGUUUCAGUCAACGACUUCAUCGUUGACACGUACAUGACUGGAACUCUUUCUCCUUUUCUGGGGAACUUAUCAUUUCUGCAAAUUCUCGACCUGAGCAAUCUCAAGGACUUGAAGGGUCUCAUUCCAUCGGAAUUUGGCAAGUUAUUGCGGCUUACUCAUCUCUUCCUAGAUUCAAACAAGCUGACAGGUUCUGUGCCAAUCACAUUUCAGCACCUUUUUCGGCUACAGAAACUCUAUCUUAGUGAUAAUCACAUAUCUGGUGUUGUUCAUUCCUCUGUUAUUGGGUCGUUAAGGUCACUUUCAGAACUGGGUCUGUCAGGAAAUCAAAUUUCUGGUUCGAUUCCAGUUUCAAUUGGUAACUUGGCACUGCUAACUAAGCUUGAUCUUCAUGAAAAUCGUUUCUCUGGCAGAAUUCCUGCAGGUAUUGGCAAGCUUAAGAAUCUCCAAUAUCUAGAUUUGUCUGAAAAUCAGAUAACUGGAAGAAUUCCACGAUCAGUUGGUAGACUUUCGGAAUUAGUACUGUUAUAUCUCAAUCACAACAGGAUUAAUGGAAGCAUUCCUUCUUCGAUUUCCGGGCUGAGAUCUUUAGUAUUCUGCAGGUUAUCAGAAAACAAGCUGACAGGAAAUAUACCACCAUCCAUUGGGAAGCUCUCCAGAAUCCAAAGGCUAAUUCUUGAGAACAACAAGCUAACUGGGAAAUUGCCAGCAACUAUCGGACAUCUAACCACUCUCACUGACGUGUUCUUCUCAAACAACCGUUUUACAGCAAAGAUCCCUUCAAGUUUUGGGAAUUUAAUUAACCUUCAAACAUUGGACUUAUCAAGAAACCUACUCACUGGUCAACUUCCUCCUCAGCUAGUUAAAUUACAGGGUUUACAGACCUUAGAUCUUUCCUUCAAUCCUCUGGGGCUAGCCAGUAUACCAAAGUGGUUAUCGAAAUUGAAACUUUUCCGGCUUUUGUUGGCAAAAACUGGGGUUGAGGGUCGGCUUCCAAGAUGGCUGUCUUCAUCAUCUAUAUCUGUCCUUGAUUUGUCAUGCAAUGGAUUAAAAGGGAAAUUGCCCCAUUGGAUUGGAAACAUGACCAGCCUUUCCUUUCUCAACUUAUCAUACAAUGGCUUUCAUUCAUCAAUCCCGGUUGAGUUCAAAAGCCUUUCGCUUCUGAUGGACCUUGAUCUUCAUUCCAACAUGUUCAGUGGCAACCUGAAUCCGAUAUUUUCGAAAGAAGUUGUAGACCCACUUGGGCAUUUUAACUCCAUUGAUCUUUCCAACAAUAUGUUUGCUGGACCCAUUGAAGAGAACCUUGGAGACAGACCCGCAUUGGCUUCUAUCACAUCCCUAGUUCUAUCACACAACCAGUUGGGAGGAUCAAUACCUAAGUCAAUGGGAAAACUGAAAGAACUGAAGGUGCUGGAACUUGUGGGUAAUGGACUUUCAGGAAGAAUACCGGAAGAGCUUGGCGAUGCCAUGGAACUAAAUAUGAUUUUGCUGUCAAGAAACAAGCUGAGGGGGACCAUUCCAGCAAAGGUGCUGAAUUUGAAGGAGCUUACAGAAUUUGACGUAUCAGAAAACCGAUUAAGUGGGAAGAUUCCUCCUCACAAAGCCAUCAUCCCUGCAUCUGCAUUCUCAGGUAAUCCUGGCUUGUGUGGAGCUCCACUUCGUCCCUGCAAGCACUCUUAAUUAAUACUGCCCCCUAGAUUUCUCUUUUUCUUGUAAAAGUUCAAUCAAACUUCACAGUGAGGAAGUAGGUUCAUUUACGUUCAAUGUCUUUUUCCUUUUUCUCAUGAUCAAAAGUAUGUAUUUAUUCUGGAAAAGUUUGUAGAAAUGAAUGAAAGGUGAGUUUCUU